AUGUCUGACAACAAUAGCAGAGCAGUAAACAAACCUCACCAGUUUGAAGGAGACAAAGGAAAGAGCAAGGAAUUUCUGGACGAGUUAUACCUGAAAAGAGAUAAGACUAUCCCUAAUGCAACACCGAUCCUAGCACCUAUCAGAAGCAAAGACAAUUGGCAUUCAGUAGUACCCCCACUAGCAGAGAAGUCCUCUCCUACACCAUCAUACCUCACUCCCACUGCAGUAUCAUCUAGCAGAAGUGUAGUAGCUCCUACACCACACACAUCUCCACUCCAGUCACCCACCAAACUCCUGCCAAGCAAAUCAAUAAGCACUAGUCUGACCAUUAGACCCAGCUUCUUUUCAGGAAUAUUUGACUCACCUGAACCAGUCAACCCAUCAAUCCCAGUAGAGGAACAACCUCCCACCCCUGCUCAAACAGAACCCAAGCCAGAGCCACCCAGAUCUCCAGUUGAUCUUAACCCAGAAGAAGAACCUGCCAACAGACAUCCAAACAAUCCAGAAGACAGUGAUCCAGAACCCAGUGAUGAAGAAGAAGGAGACAUGUCCAACAACAACAGCGGAGCAGUAAACAAACCUAACCAGUUUGAAGGAGACAAAGGAAAGAGCAAGGAAUUUCUGGACGAGUUAUACUGUACUUUGCUGGAAAUCCCAAAAAGAUCCAGACUGACAAAGAUAAGGUUCAAUGUGCUCUUUCAUAUAUCAAAGGACCUGCCCAAUUUUUCAUCCACACCAUCAUCACUGAUGCGGAAGAACCCAUAUCUGAUUCUGACGAUGCACCCCCCAAAGGAUUACCUAGUUGGGCUAACUUCAGGAAGUCCUUCAUCCAGACCUUUGGAGUAG